GACGACAAAAAAGAUCGGAAGAACAAUUUUGCAAGGAAAAGGUCUUCGCAACGUUUUCGCAUUGUGGAUUUAUAAGUUCCAUUUUGUGCUUUUGAAAAGCGCAAUACGACUGGUAAGAGUCUUCAUCGCAAAUCUACGAUGGUUACGCAGCUAGACGCUGCCAAUCCGGCAGCCCGCGUCGAGGCACCAGUGAAUAACAUUCUGACCGGAAAACAAGAGCAUUACCUCAAGCGAGAACUCCUGAGCGCCCAAGUCCGCCAUGAAAUCGUCGAGCUUGCCCACCCCACUGCCCUUCGUCGCUUUGGUGCACCCUUCAAGUCGGAAUUUGGAGAGGUCGCCCCCGUAGACUCGGAAUUACCUAUACUACGUUUCAUUUUCGUCAAUCAUGUUCGAAAUUUCCCAUUUCUCGACCAAGCCCGCGAGAAGGAGUUCUGGCAGGACCGUCUCCAAGUGUUUCUCGAGUCAUUCGCAAACAAGAAUAUAUCAUCGUCCGAAGACCGAUUGGAAGAAACAAAACGCAGAAAACUGGCCAAAAAAUGCGAGAAGUUAGUCGAACUCAUGAUGGUCUCAGGUAUCCCCACCGCUUCAGGCUAUGAGGAACGUAUAAGGUUCUCGGAAAUGGAGAUUGUAGACCGCGGGGCCAACGAAAAGGGUCUUCUCGUGAACAUGCCGGAUGGUCAGAAUAUCAAUGACUGGGAUGUGAACGUGGCCGCUGUCAGGACGACAUCGGUCAGACGCACCGUUCGCUAUCACCAACAUGCGGAGUUUAUCCUUCGUGUUCGUAAAGCUGGUCAGCCAGACGUGUACGUUGGCCGCAGAUAUGGCGAAUUCGUCAAGCUUCAUAAGCGUCUCCGAACUGAGCUUCCAGGAAAGAUAUUGCCACCACUACCGAGGAAAAACAAGAAAUCCAGUGCUUCUUCAUUCUGGGGAGGUUCAGGUGAUGACGAUGCUUCUUCUAUAUCUUCCUUGUCAAUUCAAAGUAUAGCCGUGGUCGAUGACGAAGUCACUGUCUCCAAGACGAACUUGACGGUGGUUACUCCAGAGCACCAUCGUUCGAGUUCACGAUCAUCUGCGCUCUCUACGAGAUCAACGUCGUCUCGUCCGUCUGGAGAUCUCCGACCUGGCACUGUUCUCUACCGGGAGGAGCAGCGAGUCUCAUUGAGGGCCUUUUUAAGAACCAUACUGCAGAACAAAAGAGUGGCCGAGUCCAAAGCUAUGGAAGAAUUCUUGACAGCACGGCCUAUCCAGUUGAACGAGGAAGAGUUGCUCGAUAUCAAACGAAGAAAAGCUGCGGAUGCCGCUCGCAUCGAGGAACAAAAAAAGUUCUAUGAGAUUGCUCGACAACGUGCUGCGGAGCUAGAUGUUUAUAUGGAGAAGUUCCGCCGAAGUAUUGUUGAGCAGAAUGGUCUUACGAAGCUCUUUGCCGAGAUCAAAGAGAAGAAUACCAUUCAGGAGCUUAGCCCCGAAUAUCAAAAAUUUGCCGAAUGGCUUCGAAUUGAGGUCGCCGCCACGAUAUAUCAUCUCUUUCUAGCAGAGGAUAAUUCCCCGGAACUCUUUGCACAAGCCAAGAGAAUACAUUCACUAGUUCCUUAUACCCUUUUGAAGAACGUCAUUCGUAUAGCCAAUCCUGCUGCAGUUAUGUCUGGUGUUCUUGACUUGUUCCUUGCUCAGCCAUUCGGGUCACGGUCGUUGUUGCAGCGGAUAUUCUCGAUGACUCUGACCGACGGUAUCAAGCAGUUCCAAAAACCAAUCGACACGCUGGUCGCAAAAGUCGAGGAUCCAGCGAUUUGUGAGAAGUUGAAAGCGUUUGUCGACUCGGAUGAAUCACUCAAGACCAUCAUUCGUGAGGAAGCGCAGGAAGAAGACAUUGAUAUUGUGGUUGCAAUUCUCAGAUCUGAGCUGUUGACUCCGGAUAUGAAACCUUCGCAGAUUGAGAAGAUUUUCAAUUCUUAUGUGGCCUGGAAUGCAGCCGUUGAAAACAUUCAUGAGGAUAUGAGACAUGGAGCUGAAUGGUUUGCUUAUUUGAAGCAACUGCUUAAGUUGUAUACUCGGCAACGCGAUAAGGCCAUGAUGUUGAGCAUGAUAGAAGAGCCUGUUACUUUGAAAUUAUUCCGAGAUCUGUUUACUAUAUUCUAUGAACCUUUAGUACGGGUUUAUAAGUCUGCCAAUGUCUAUAACAGUAUUACAGACUUCGCCAAAUUUGCGGAAGAUGCAAUCGGAGUGAUUGAAAAGGCUCAACGACAGGAUGUUUCCGCAGACCCUAAUCAGACGGUACAAGCAUUUAUUGAUCUUUGCGCACGCCACGAACACAACUUCUAUAAAUUUGUUCACGAGGUUCAUUUACACGAUAAUGGUCUCUUCGGCUCUCUCAUGGCCUGGAUUGAGAAUAUCUUGGAUUUUCUCCGCAAAGGUCCACGCAGUGGGUGCAAAUUGGACAUGAAUGCUUUGUUCCAAGGAGCGGUAGACACCAAACAAAUCAACAAGGGAGAGGCUAUACGAGAAAUAGAUAGCCUAGUCAAAUGGCAAGAGGACCGGAAGAAAUGGCAUCACGACAAGACAAGACAGAAGAUGGCUGCGGAGGGCAUUGGUGCGGAGAUGCCUGGAAGUGCCGCCUUUCGGACCAGUGAUUUUGGUCUAGAUGAGGACGAUCUAGAUGAUCUGGCCACUACAAACGAGGAAUCGGAUGAAGAUGAUGAAAAUACGGACGACGACGAUCUUGAUCCUAUUAUGGCGGAGCGUAGGCGGCGUGCAAAGAAACAAGACCAUCUGCGAAGAUCAGCGGGUGAGCCAGUCAAGCCGGAUGUAAAAGAGGUUUACAAAUUGCAGGAGUCAUUUGGGAUGAUGUUGAGAGAAGUUCUGGCAGAUUGAUAAGAGAUAUAUACCUAGGUAAUAUUAAUUACUGUUUAGAACUAAUCAUAAUCGGGCUAGACAUAGAAGAGACAUCUCAGAUGCAUCAAACAAUGCAAUGAUACUCGAAAAGAGAAACUACAGCUUAGCCUUCAUAUUAACAUGCACACUCUUCACCUGGCUAUACGCCUUCAGCCCCUCCUCGCCCAACUCCCUUCCAAUUCCGCUACCCUUGACACCACCGAAAGGAAUUCUCCAAUCCGAAUCAUUGCUCGAGUUAAUCCAGACCAUACCGGCCUCAAUCCGGCGCGCAACACGAUGAGCCCGGACAAGAUCCGUCGUGAACAAGGCACUACCCAAUCCGUACGUAGUAUCAUUCGCCAUGCGAAUAGCAUCCUCCUCCUUCGAGAACCGUGUCAAAACAACAAACGGACCAAAGACUUCUUCUUGAUAAAUUCGCAUCUUGCUAGACACAUCUGUGAAAACAGUGGGUUCAAUGAAGAAUCCCUUCCCACUACUUGCAGGUUUCUUGCCUCCGAGGACAAGUUUUGCGCCUUCGGAUUUACCAAUGUCGACGUAGGACAUGAUUCUAUCGUAUUGCGCCUUGGUGACCUGGGGACCUUGGAAAGUCGAUUCUUCAAACGGGUCGCCCACUUUACUUAUGUUCUUGACCUGGGCCUUGAACUUCUCCAAGAAUUUGUCGUACACAUUAUCCUGAACCAGAAUCCUAGAGGUAGCUGUACAAAUCUGACCCUGGUUCGACAUGAUUCCAAUAUGAGCCCAUUCAGCGGCCAAAUCGAGAUCCGCAUCGUUGAAAACG